UGGUAUUCCUUUGGGAAAAUACAUGGCAAAAAAAAAAGUUUUUCAAUCUCCUUUAUUUCAAUCAAUCAAUUCGAUCUUCUUCUUUUUUCUCUCUCUUUUUUAUUUCACUCUCUUCUCUCUUUGUGCAGUAAAUCAUGUCACAAGAUUUAUUUGAUGUUCCAAUCUUCUUUAUUAUCUUUCGAGAGACAUGUGAAGCUGCGAUUAUCGUCUCUGUUUUGCUAUCAUUCUUGAAAAAAGUAUUUGAUACUGAUUCUUUAAUCUACAAACGUUUGCGUAAGCAAGUAUGGGUUGGCGCUGCAUUGGGCUUACUCAUUUGUGUUUGUAUCGGUGCUGCUUUUAUUGCUGUCUGGUACACUGUUCUCAGUAACCUGUGGGGUGAUUCUGAAUACAUCUGGGAAGGUGUGUUUUCUCUCGUUGCUACUAUUAUGAUCACCGUAAUGGGCCUUGCUAUGCUUCGUACUGAAAGAAUGCAAGAAAAAUGGAAAGUCAAGUUAGCUAAAACUAUGGAACAUAAUAGUAAAAACGGAAGACUCGGAUUCAAGGCGUGGAUGCAAAAAUAUUCCUUCUUUUUCUUGCCUUUUAUCACGGUCCUGAGAGAAGGUCUUGAAGCUGUGGUGUUUAUUGGUGGCGUUUCAUUGAAUGUUACAGCCAAAUCUAUUCCCAUUGCUGUUAUCAUGGGAUUCGUUUGCGGUGCUGUUGUUGGAUUUAUCAUUUAUCGCGGCGGUAAUCUGAUCCAGUUACGCUGGUUCUUCAUAUUUUCUACAAUUGUCUUAUAUUUGGUAGCUGCUGGUUUAAUGUCAAAGGCAGUUGGAUUUCUUGAACAGAACGCUUGGAACAAAGUCAUUGGCGGUGAGGCUGCAGAAGAAAGUGGCGCUGUAAUUGGUUACAAGGUAACAACGGCUGUUUGGCACGUCUCUUGGGGAGACCCAGAACAAAACACCGCUAGCAAUGGUGGCUAUCAAAUUUUCAACGCCAUUCUCGGUUGGAAUAACACUGCCACUAUCGGUACAAUUACCAGUUACUGUCUUUAUUGGAUUAUGAUUGCCUUCUCCCUUGUUUAUAUGAAUUGGAAGGAAAAACGUGAAGCUGUAGAAAAGCUUAACCGCGGCGAGUGGGAGGAGGAUGGCGAUGUGGCUCUCGAAAACGCCAAACAAUUUAUAACCACCGACGGUGUUAUUGUUGGCAAAGAUUCCGCCGACGUGACAUCCAUCGAUAGCGAAGAGAGGGGUGGAGUUCACGAAACCAUUGAAUUAUCCGGUGCUACCCCGAAGAAGUAAAAAAAAUUCUUGUAUGAUGCAUCACCGUCCAUAUUUUGUCUCUUGUACUCAUAAUUCAUAUCAUAACUACCUAUUUUUUUUAUUCCAUCCUAAUCAUUUUUACAUUUGUUAAAUUAAUUUUUAUCCAUUUAGAGGAUUUUAGAGUAGUUUGAGUAACAAGGCUUAAAUGAACUCCUUCUCUUAAAGUCCGAAUAAACCAAUUAUUGUUUUUUAUACUGACUCGUGUAUCACAAUUUUGUUUUAAUGAAGACGGAAGAUCUUUUUUCACAAAGAUCAAUGGUAAUAUAAAGGGGACAUUUAAUAUUAA